UCUUAUUUUUUAAUUCAAUCAUGCUUGGACGUGUCACAUCAAAAGAAGCAGAAGGCGAUCCAGACUGUACAGAAGUCUUGGAAGACAAUUCACGUAGCAUUUUGAUGGGCAUCAUCAGUCAACUUCGAAAAGAUAUGGAUUUACAUAGAGUUACUUUACCUACUUUUGUGUUAGAGCCAAGAUCCAUGUUGGAAAGAGUAACAGAUUUUAUGAGCCAUCCUGAAUUCUUGAUAGAAGCAAGCAAAAAAUCAGAUCCUCUUGUGCGCUUUUUAGAUGUCGUAAAAUACUUUUUAUCUGGUUGGCAUAUUAAACCUAAGGGAGUUAAAAAACCUUAUAACCCUGUUUUGGGUGAAGUGUUUCGGUGCAAAUACAAAUAUAAUAAUGGAACCGAAGCUAUUUACGUUGCCGAACAAGUUUCACAUCAUCCACCUAUUUCUGCUUUUUAUUAUGGUAGUCCUGAAAAUGGAGUUUAUAUCCAAGGCGAUCUUCGUCCUAAAUCAAAAUUCCUCGGAAACAGUGCUGCAACAUUGAUGGAAGGUGAAAACCAUAUUGUCUUUACACACUUGUACAAUGAACGUUAUGAUAUUACAAUGCCUAAUAUUUAUGCAAAAGGCAUUUUAUUCGGUAAAAUGGUUUUGGAAUUAGGCGAUAGUUGUAUCGUGCGGUGCCGAACAAGUGAUUUAGUAUGCGAACUGGAUUUCAAAACCAAGGGGUUCUUUUCUGGUCAAUACAAUUCAGUUGCAGGAAAAGUCAAGAGAGAAUCAACAGGUGAAGUGCUUUAUGAAAUCUCUGGUCAAUGGUCAAAUGAAAUUUACAUCAAAAUGGCCAAGGCUACCAACAAAACACUUUUCUUUGAUGUAAAAUCUGCUAAAAUCCAUCCCAAGAUUGUUCCAGAUAUUCAAGACCAAGAUCCAAUGGAAUCUAGAAGAUUAUGGUCUAAAGUGACAGCUGCUAUUCUUAAAGAUGAUAUGGACACUGCUACAGCUGAAAAAACAGUCAUUGAAGAAAAGCAGCGUGAGGAUGCAAAGCAGCGUGAGGCAGAAGGAAAAGAAUUCAAAUCUAAAUUCUUUAAUACUGUCCAUGGUGAUCAAUAUGAAUUUAAAGGUCUUGCAAACCUUGAUUAUAGUAAUAAAGAAAAAGCAAAAGCAGACUUGGAGAAAAUGGUGCUUGCACCUCUGAGUUCUACUUAACUUGUCAAAAAAAAAAAAAAAUAACAUAUAGAAAAGUACUUUGUCUCUUUUUCUAUGUUUUAUUGAGCUUAAUAGAAUACAACACGCCAUCUGUCAUUUUCAUCAGGACCAUCACCAUAACCAGUAACUUCAUUGUUAUCAGAAUCAAGGGAUUCAUCAUGACUAUGUCUAUAUAAAACAGUUAAUUUCAUAAUAAAGAAGAGAGAAUACAUACAAAGUAACACCAGUGGCUUUAUG